UGUAAAGGAAAUUUUUGAGGUGAACAACAAAAUGUGAGAGUAUAGAAAAAUGCCGAUAAAGUAAUUUACAAAUAUUUUACUUUUAAAUCUCUUCAAUUACAUUAUUUUGAGUAAUCUUGCACAUUUUACUCUUUUUCCAUUAUCAACUACUAUCAAUGGGAGAGAAAUUUUUCUCUUUUCGAAAGUGAGAAUAGAAAAUAGACGUAAUUCAAUAAUUGUUAAUCUUGCCGAAUUGGAACGAGGAUAUGAGAUUUCUUCACUUUUCAUUAUAUAAUCCAGAAAUUUACUAUUUUUAUGUUCAAUAAAAUUCAUGUUUCGCCUUCCAACGUCAUCAAAUUGAUUUUCUCUGAAAUUCCUGGGUUUUCCACCUUUUCAGUGUCGCGAAAAGGUGGUCAAAAGUUGAUUUUUGCAUUUUCGUGUUGUGAGAACGCAGAAAAUUGACCAAAACUCCCCGAGGAGACAAUUUUCUAUAAAAAUUUCUAUAUAAAGUCAAAGAGAUUUUGGAGUGGAGGUUUUUCAGCGAUUUUUACAUCAACGAACAGUUCAAAAAUUCAUAUUAUCUUCCACUGGAACGAACUGUUGAUCUUUUCCGAUUCGCGAUGCUUUCCAUGCGGCGCAAAUAGGGAAAAUUGGCAAAUUGCGAAGUUUCGGAAGUGGAUAAAUUAGUAAUGCUAUUUGAAAGAUCUGAUUAUUCCAAUGAAACUCAACGUAAAUCAGUGAGGAAAGAGUACAGACUUUAAAAAUAAUACUUUGUUUUCAAUCUUCACUAGAAGAUUUCUAUCUAGAAUACCAUUUGCUUAUGGAUUUUAGAGAGUUUUAGUGAAGUUGGGAAUAUUCUUGUCUGCCAUUUUGAAUCGUUUUCUGUGCGUCUAUCAGCUGAUUCUGACACAUCCACGCACAACAAAACAAAGAGAGACAGAGGAAAAUUUCACCAGCUGCAAGUCAUUGUAUAAAUAGCAUUUUAUAUUGAAAUUUUGUAGAAAAUUUUGACAUCUUGAGUGAGGGAAGAAGUGCUAAAUUGGGAAAAUGUUUCAAUUUGGGGGCUUAAACAUGAUGUUUCCGGACCUCAAUCGUCCCUUCAACAAUCACUACAAUUGCUAUUCUGUGUCAAUGUUGCCCGGAAAUGAGAGGCAUGAUGUUGAGAAGGGCGGAAAGAUUAUAAUGCCUUCAUCGGCCCUGGAUCAGCUCACCAGGCUGAAUGUUGAGUACCCUAUGCUCUUCAAGUUGACCAACAACAAGAAGAAUCGCGUUACUCACGCUGGCGUCCUUGAGUUUGUCGCAGAUGAGGGAAAAACGUAUUUGCCGUACUGGAUGAUGAGGAAUUUGUUGCUGGAAGAGGGCGAAAUGAUCCAGAUUGAGAGCUUAUCUCUGCCUGUGGCGACAUUCUCAAAGUUUCAGCCGCAAAGCCCGGAUUUUCUGGACAUAACCAAUCCAAAAGCUGUUCUCGAAAAUGCUCUGAGGAAUUUCGCGUGUCUCACCACAGGCGAUCUGAUCGCCAUCAAGUACAACUCGCGAAUCUAUGAGUUGUGUGUGCUGGAGACACGACCGGGAAAUGCUGUGACCAUCAUCGAGUGCGACAUGAAUGUGGAGUUUGCUCCACCGGUGGGCUAUACGGAGCCGCAGAUGGAGAGGAACGAAGAUGAACCGAUGAAGGAUGAUGCUGAGCAUUUGGCUGAGUUGCAGGGCUUUGUGGCCUUCUCUGGCGAGGGAAAUCGUCUGGAUGGGAAGCAAAAGAAGGCAGACAGUUCCGAUCUUGUGCUGCCUAAGAAAGCUUACACACGAGGAAUUCCCGACUAUGAUCAUCCAUACGGACUUCUCAAGUUUGAUCGCAGUGCGAGACCAGACAGAGGCAAUGGUGAGGCUAAGGAUGAUCAUGAUGACUUCCAGAUGUUCCAAGGACAAGGAUUUUCUCUGCGAAAGAGCCGGAAGUGAAUGAAAUGGUCAUGUUUGCGAGCACAAGAGGAGUUUAUUUAAAAGAUAA